AAAAAACACAGACUGCUACUCUGACGGCUUUUUGUAAGAGAGUUAUUGUAACCUUCAAAACCCAAUAAAGAAAGAAAGAAGAAUUUGACUCGACAAAGAAGAAGAAGGAGAGCGAGAAACAAAGCCAGUAGCUUUUGUACUUGUGUUUUCCAUUUUAUUAUAGUAUUUUAUUUUACUGUAAACUGAAGAAGAAACAGAGUAUAUAGGGUGAAGAAAAACCAGGCUAUAUUUGAGCAGAGAAUCUAGGAAUAAUGUAUGAAAAAUACAACCGUUGAAGCAUCAAACUCUAGGAUUACUAUGUCUAUGUUUAUCUCUAUAUCUCCUUCUCUUUUCUUCUAUGAAUCAAUAGAGGGUUUUUCGCAAUAAUUUAUAACAGCAGCUUCUCCUUCUUUGAUUUGAAGAAAAUUUUCGAUAUGAAAGAGGACAAGGCAGAAGAGACAUCUCCUAGAGGAGUUAUGGAGAAUUCAAUUAUAGAAGAGGACAAGGUAGAAGUGACAUCUCCGAGAGGAGUUAUGGAGAAUUCAAUUACGGAAGAGGGGAAGGUAGAUGAGACAUCUGCAGGAGGAAUGGAAGAGGGGAAGGUAGAAGAGACAUCUGCAGGAGGAGAUAUUGAGAAUAUUGUGGAAGAGGAGAAUGUAGAAGAGACCUCUCCAAGAGGAGUUAUUGAGAAUUCAAUUGUGGAAGAGGAGAAGGUGGAUGAGAUAACUCCAACAGGAGUUGUGGAGAAUUCUAUAAUUGAUGAGGACGAGGUUGAAGAGAUAUCUCAGGAUGGAGUUAUUGAGAAUUCUAUUGUGGAAGAGGAAAAUGUAGAAGGGACAUCUACGGGAGGAGUAGUUAUUGAGAAUUCCACUAUGGAAGAGGAGCAGGUGGAGGGGACAUCUCAUUCUAAUGUGGAAGCGGAGAAGGUAGAAGAGACAUCUGCAAGAGGGGUUAUUGAGAAUCCUAUUAUGGAAGAGGACAAGGUAGGAGAGAUUACUGAGAACUCUAUUAUGGAAGAAGAAAAGGUAGAAGGCACAUCUCGAGGAGGAGUUAUUGAGGAUUCUAUUGUAGAAGAGGAGAAGGUAGAAGAGACAUCUCCUACCGAAGUUAUUGAGAAUUCUGUAAUGGAAGAGGACAGGGUAGAAGAGACAUCUGCAGGAGGAGGUGUUGGGAAUUCGGAGAAGGUGGAAGAGACAUUAUCUCCAACAGGAGUUACUGAGAAUUCUAUAUUGGAAGAGGAGAAGGUAGAAGAGACAUCUCCCAUAGGAGUUACUGAGAUCUCUCUUGUGGAAGAGGAAAAGGUAGAAGGGGCAUCUCCAAGAGGAGUUAUUGAGAAUUCCGAAAGGAGUUGUGCAGAAUCUGAAUCUGAUUCUUCCUCCAAAAGCAGUAGUACUACAUCAGAUUCUGAUUCUCAAUCGAAUCCGCGCCGGAGUUCUUCUCAUUGGCGUGGAAUGAUUUUAAGUGUUUUAAAAAGUCGAUCAAUUAGGCGUCUGGGUAGUUUACCUCCACGUCGAGGUGUUUCUAAGGUUGCUAGUUUACCUCCACUUCGAGGUGUUUCUAAGGUUACAGUUUGCGAUAGAAGAAGUUUCAGUGAGAAUACUAAUGAAUUCAGUUGUUUCAAGCCUUCUUGGAGGAAUUUCACCAUUUCAGAACUCCAGGUAGCAACAAAAAAUUUCAGUUCUGAUAUGUUGAUUGGAAAGGGUGGUUAUGCUGAAGUAUACAAGGGACGUCUGCAAGAUGGGCAACUCGUAGCAAUUAAGAAGCUUACUCGAGGUACACAAGAAGAGAGAACUGGUGAUUUUCUAUCUGAAAUAGGUAUAAUAGUUCAUGUCAACCAUCCAAAUACGGCUAAGUUAAUUGGGUAUGGAGUUGAAGGGGGACUGCACUUGGUUCUUGAAUUUUCUCCCAAUGGGAGCUUGGCAUCAGUGCUUCACGAUUCCAACAGUGUAUUGGAUUGGGGAAUUAGGUAUAAAAUUGCUGUUGGGACAGCAGAAGGUCUCCUAUAUCUUCAUGAGACUUGUCAGAGACGUAUCAUACAUAGAGAUAUCAAGACUGCUAAUAUUUUGCUCACAGAGAAUUUUGAGCCUCAGAUUACUGAUUUUGGGUUAUCAAAAUGGUUGCCGGACCAGUGGACUCACCACACAGUUACAAAAUUUGAAGGCACAUUUGGCUAUCUAGCUCCUGAAUACAGCAUGCAUGGUAUCGUGGAUGAAAAAACAGAUGUAUAUGCUUUUGGGGUUCUGCUGUUGGAACUCAUCACUGGGAAACGAGCUUUAGACAACACAGAACAAAGCCUUGUGAUGUGGGCAAAGCCUUUGCUCGAUAAGAAUGAAUUCAGAGAGCUCGUAGAUCCUUCUCUCGGGGAUUCCUAUGACCGACAACAGUUGAAUCACGUGGCUUCGGCUGCGGCUUUAUGCAUUCAACACUCGUCUAUUUUACGACCUCGAAUGAGUCAGGUCGUUCCUCUUCUAAAAGGCAGUGAAACUGGUUCAGAUUUGUGUCAAAGACGAUCCCUUCAUAGAACCUGCUCUGCAGAGUUCUUUGAUGUAGAAGAGUACAGCACAAGUAGAUAUUUAAAAGAUCUUAAUCGUCAUAAACAGAUAGCUCUCGAUUUCUAACGCCGCUGUGAAAGUAUUUCUACUUGGUGAACAGCGAAACCUGGAAAGAAGGGCAUGUAGGCUCCGUACAAGUAAAGUUAUCUUCCUUCAAUAGGUGUAGCGGAAAGAAAAUAAUAUUCCUAGCACAACACUGGGCAGCUGUGAUCACGAGAACCACACCCGGAAAGGGUGUAUAUGGUCCGCAGUCUAAUGGUCAGUUAUUUGAUCCCUCGUGAACUUGGCAGUUGGAACUGCAUUUCUGCAUCGAGCUUCCAGGUUUUCAUAUGAAUCUUAUAAGUGAUAUGUGCUAGGUUUGUAGAUGUAUGGUUUUCAGCGUAUCAGAAAAAUAACUCCUGUAAGAAAGAAAAUUGCACUUUGUUUAUAAUAGAACUUCUUAUAGCUCAA